CUGGCUCCAGCAGCACCAUGCAGGCUGGCAAGGCGGAGGUGGGCUACACCCCCUCCAUCCCGUCGCUAACGCUCAGUGUGGGCUGCUGCUCCAAGCUCCUGUCUCUCUGUCCUCCCUCCCAGCGCUAUGCUGCUGCCUCCUGGUUCCGGGACAACAUCAAAAAGAAGGAAUGCCUUCUCUUUUCAGAAGGCAAAAAGGAAGGGUUCUGUCAGUGUGGCUACCCUAGGUCCCUGCAUGAGGAGGCGGCCCUGAAGCCAGCAGGCGGUGCCGGCCAGUCCUGGGACCGACACCAACACACCCACGAGGUCCCUACCGAUGCCUUCGGGGAGGUGGUCUUCGGGGGUCUGGGUCAGAAGACCAGCAAGUAUGCCCGUGUGUCAAUAGAUACCACCCCUGAGGUGUUGUACAAGCUGCUGACGGAACAGUGGGGACUAACCCCCCCCAACCUGCUGAUCUCGGUGACCGGGGGGGCCAAGAACUUCUACCUGAGGGCCCGCCUCAAAAGCAUGUUCCACAGGGGCCUCAUCAAGGUCGCCAAGACAACAGGGGCGUGGAUAAUGACGGGGGGCAGCCACGCGGGGGUGAUGAAGUACGUGGGCCAGGCGGUCAGGGACCAGGCCCUGAGCAGCAGGUCCACCCACGGCCAGAUGGUGGCCAUCGGGAUGGCCUCCUGGGGGGCCAUUCACAACCGGCAGGCACUGGUCCACCCCCAGGGGCUCCACCUGGCCAGGUACUCCAUGGACGUGCAGGGCCAGGGCCGGCUGACCUGCCUGGACGACAACCACAGCCACUUCCUUCUGGUGGACGAUGGGACCCACGGGCGCUACGGCGUGGAGAUCGAGCUGAGGAGCCGCCUGGAGAAGUUAAUCUCCCAGAAGCCCCUGGGGAACUCAGAGAGCGGUCUGAAGAUCCCGGUGGUGUGUGUGGUUCUGGACGGCGGGCCGGGCACUCUAAACACCAUCUUCAAUGCCAUGCUGAACGGGACCCCCUGUGUGAUCCUGGAGGGCUCCGGGAGGAUUGCGGACGUGAUCGCCCAGGUGGCGGGGUGGCCCCUGGCUCGCGUUACCAUCGCCCUCAUCCACCAGCUCAUGAGCAAGUUCUUCGGCAGCGAGUACAACACCUUCUCUGCCCUGAAGAUCAUAGAAUGGACCAAGAAGAUUCAGGACAUCAUCAGGAUGUCUCACUUGCUGACCGUGUUCAGAAUAAGCGAGGAGCAGCACGGAGAACUGGACGUGGCCAUCCUCCUGGCCCUCCUCAAAGUCUCCAGGAACCAGGAGACGGGGGCCAGGGACAGCUGGCAGAGGCAGCUGGAGCUGGCUGUGGCUUGGAACAGGGUGGACAUAGCGGAGACGGAGAUCUUCACGGAGGAGAGCCAGUGGAAGUCCAGGGACCUGGAGCAGGCCAUGUUCUCCUCCCUGACGGGCCUGAAGCCAGAGUUUGUGCGCCUGCUGCUGGAGAACGGGGUGAGCCUGGGCCGCGUGUUGGCGCAGGACGACGCCCUGUGCGACCUCUACAACCACCUGCCCGGCUGCUUCUUCCUCAGCCAGACGGUGCGCCGCGUGCACAGAGGGGCCCGCAGCGGGCCCCAGGGCCUCUUUGUGCGGGGUCGGGCUGCGCCGGACCACGGUGCCCGGAUCUCCAUGAGCCACGUGUCGGAGGAGGUGCGCCAUCUGCUGGGCAGCUUCACCGAGCACAUCUACCCCUCCAAGGGCGUCAGCAACGAGGGCCGCGACGAAUACUCCAUCACCAUAGAUCCACAGGAGGCGGGCGGGGAGGGUUCCAGCGAGGCCCCCAGGGACCCGGGCACGGACCUGUUCCUCUGGGCCGUGCUCCAGAACAACAGGGAGCUAGCCCAAAUUGGCUGGGAACAGUGUAAAGACUGCAUGUGUGCUGCACUGGCAGCCAGUAAGAUCCUGAAGAAGAUGGCAGAGGAGGUCAAGGAUGCAGAGGAGACGGAACAGAUGAUGGAGCUAGCCAACAUCUAUGAGAAACACGCUAUAGGAGUAUUCAGUGAGUGCCACAGUUGUGAUGAGGAGCGGGCCCAGAAGCUGCUGAUCCGGGUGUCCCCGUCCUGGGGCCGGACUACCUGCAUCAGGCUGGCCCUGGAGGCAGAUGACAAGGGCUUUGUAGCCCACCACGGAGUCCAGAUGCUGCUGACCCAGAUCUGGUGUGGUGAGCUUGCUGUGGAGAAUCCUUUGUGGAGAGUCUUCCUCUCCAUGGUAUUCUUCCCCCUCAUCUUCACCGGCUUCCUAGGAUUCAGACGUGACGAGGUGAUCCAGAGAGAAGCUCAGAGGACGGAGGACAUCAUCACCAUGGAGACGAUGACAGGAAGUGUAUGGCGGACCAACGGUAAUACGUUUGAGCCCCCCAGCACCAAGCAGCUGCAGCCCCUGAGGGGGUGUUCCCGGUUGGCCAGCCUGUACGGCUCGCCCCUGGUGAAGUUCUACUGGAACAUCCUGUCCUACUUCGGUUUCCUCUUCCUGUUCGCCGUGGUGCUGAUGGUGGACUUCCAGAGCGCCCCCUCCUGGCUGGAGGUGCUGCUCUACAUCUGGCUGGCCACCCUGGUGUGUGAGGAGGUCCGGCAGCUUUUUCAUGACCCUGAUGGGUUUGGAUUCAGCAAAAAGGCCAAGAUCUAUAUCAGUGACCUAUGGAACAUUCUGGACGUGCUGUCCAUUCUUCUCUUCAUCAUCGGCCUCGCCUUUAGGCUAACGACAGAGCUGUUCUACGCGGGGAAGAUCCUCCUCUGCAUCGACUACAUCGUGUUCUGCCUCCGCCUGAUGGCCAUCUUCACCAUCAGCAAGACCCUGGGCCCCAAGAUCAUCAUCGUCAAGAGAAUGGUCAUGGACUUGUUCUUCUUCAUGUUCCUGCUGAGCAUCUGGGUGGUGGCGUACGGCGUGGCCAAGCAGGGCAUCCUGAUCCACAACGAGGGGCGGCUGGACUGGAUCCUCCGGGGGGCCGUGUACGAGCCCUACCUCAUCAUCUUCGGCAACGUCCCCACCAACAUAGACAAUGCGGAGUUCGACAUUGAGUCAUGCACCAUUGACGGCUCCAACCCCCUAAAGCCCAAGUGCCCGCUGCUGAACGACCACCAGAUGCCCGCCUUCCCGCCCUGGCUCACCAUCUUCAUGCUCUGUGUGUACCUGUUGUUCGCCAACAUCCUGCUGCUCAACCUGCUCAUCGCCAUCUUCAACUACACCUUUCAGGUGGUGCACGACAAUACGGACAGCAUCUGGAAGUUCCAGCGGUACGAGCUGAUCAAGGAGUACCACACCCGCCCUGCUGCCCCCCCGCCCCUCAUCCUCUUCUCCCACCUCUACCUCCUUAUCCGUCAGGCUCUGCUAUGCAGGCCGGCGCACAAGAGCAGUGAAUUCAAGGUGGAGCUUCUGCAGGCCGAGGAGGAGGAGCUGCUGUCCUGGGAGGCUCUGAUGAAGGACAACUACCUGCUGUCCACACGACAGGAGCAGAGCCAGAGCAUUGAGCGACGCAUCAAUGACACCGCCCAGAAGGUCAGCACCCUGGCAGAGGGACUGGAACAGGACAGCAGCGCUGCUGCUGUGGCCAAACACCUGGCCCGGCUUGAGGAGCAGGUCUCCCAGUCGAGCAAGGCUCUGCAGUGGAUCAUGGACAGUCUCCAAACCCAGGGCCUCCACGCUGGAGAGGAACCGCCUCAACUCACAGCGGAGAGUGAGCCUCCAGGAGCCGGCUCGGGAGAAGGGGAGCGAGAAGAGGCCGGCUUCCACGUCAAAGCCCGGCUCUUCAGCUACCCCGGGGCCAAGGGUCCCCGCUUCCCCGUGCCUGAGGAGAUGGUCCCAUGGGAGGUGACCUUUGGAUCCUACGACCCUCCGACAUACGACCCGGAGGAGAGCGAGGACUGCCUUGAUGGAUCCCACAGGAAAGCCUUAGAAAAACACAGGAACCCUGGAGGGAGGACCGGCCUCAUUGGCAGGGGGGCCCUCCCCCAGCUGGGGGCCAACCCGGUGCUGGAGCUGGUUCUGACCCGUUGGAGAAACCAGGACCGAUCAGCCUUAGAGUUCCUGGCUGUCUGGGACCAGUUCCAGGAGAGCUGGGCUCUACCUGGGGGGCCUGUGCAGUCAGAAAACCACCUGCCAGCGGCUCUUGAGAAGAUGAUGGGGAAGCAGCUCUACCAGUACAUACAGGAGAAGGUAGAGGAGGGAACUAAGGUGUUUGAAGGCUAUGUAGAUGAUGCCAGGAACACAGACAACUCCUGGGUGGAAGUGACCGUCCUGGCCCUUGAACUGGACAGAACCGGCCCUCUGAUGACCAGCAUCAACCUCAUGGUGGCCCACACCAGGGGGUCCGCGGAGGUGUUGGAGUGGCAGGAGGUGAGUGGCAGGGCUCGUCUGAGUGCCUACCAGAGAGACAGCCUGCUACACGUGGCAGAGCUGCACCACAGGAAGUUCUAACGCUCCUCGUUUCUGAUUGGCUAGCUGUGGCUUCAGACUCACAGUUACUUUUAUUGUGGAAGUGACUCCUUGAAGUUCUACAGUGCACAGAUUUCAAGCGCCAUAACUUGAGCAUCUUUCCCCUUGUAUGUGCUAAAGCCUGAGAAGGUCUUUAUUUGUUUACUGCACCAGUGCACCAUUACUUUGCUCAUAAGAUAAUCAAAGGAAUGUUGGAACACUUACAGUGUGGAUACUACCUGUCGCUGACCUACUUCAUUUUUUAAGGAAUACAUGUAUAUUCCGCUGUAUCCAAAGAUCCAAAUGAUUAUCAAGCACCAUUGGCCUUAAUAUUUAUUAAAUCUAUAAUGUGGUCAACAGUGGGGCACUUCAUGGUAGACUUUAGCCUACAUCCUCACCAAAUGAUGUAUCAAUUAAAGAUUUGUUUUGAUAAAAGUAUAUGCGUCUAUAGUUCCUUUUGGUUGCAAGUUAUAAAAGAAAAUACACAAAGCAUGCAAUAUGUAUCUAUACAUCUAUAUCUUCAUCUCUGGAAAAACAACCAUCUAGUCUAGUGGAACCGGCCGGGGGUAGAUAAGGAUGAAACACAACAACCAAAUAAUAUUGUCAGAGUAAAAGUAAAGGUGGAAAAAGUAAAAGGGUUUUAUUUUCACAACGUUACGCAAUACAUAAGUAUAACAGAGCCUCAAAACAAACUUGUGGGGAAAUGAGGGACCAAAAGGAAGUUGCCAAACAAAUUAAACAAGUAUAACAAAAGUAUGCCUAACUAUUCACUAACUCUGCAACCAAAACCCCAAAAAAUAAGGAAAAAUACAAGGGGGGCAACAACCAACUGACCUAAGGGGUAUUCCAUCAACCAAGCUAAACGCAAAGCAGGGCUUAUAUCGCUAAGCCUGGCUACUUUCAGUUAGAGUUCCGUUCCAUUAACGUGACUUAAGGGACUCUCCGCUAAGUAACGAUGCGAAUUUAUCCGACCAAACUAACCAGGGGCCUCUACGAAUAGUCAAAUCUCCUAACCUUUAUGCCUCCUUUCCUUUACCAUUGUGGAAAACUUUAUCGGGGCCAAGGAGAGACAAAAAGGUGCUUUCUUUCGAACAUAGGAAAAGACAGCACUGUUUAAAAUGAAUUCCGACUCCACUUUUCCUAACCGAUGUCAUUGCGCGACGGCGAGUAUUGCUGACCUCUAGCAUCUCUCGUGGAACUACAGUUUUCCAAUUGGGCUACAACAGGCACUCUUCCGAUCCAUGCAUUCUUCUCUUAUUGAUUUCAAUCAGGUUAUCCCCAACAGUGAGAAUCACUUUGGUCGGACUUGGCUAACGGGAAUAUUUUAGGCCACGUAAAUCCCAACUCACAUGUAAAACAAAAAGAGGCUCAACUUAUGUUGAUGUUGAAAAUAACUGCCCCCAGUACCAAGUGUUUCUUAAAUGUGUAG